GGGAAUUUGGUAGUUAACAUCCUUACAGGUUAAGGUAAGCGGCGCUUGAAGUUCCCCUUUUGCUCAUUCUCUUCCCACCUGCCCCUCUCUCUCGUUUCCAUGACUUCCGAUGGACCCAGUUCCGGUAAGAAGAGACGAGAGAUCCGCGCGAAAAAUUUAAAGAAGCUCGCGGGCAGUGGAGUUGAAUCGGGAAACAAAAGGGUUCCAAAGAGAGCAAGACCUGUUGAUGUUAUUGAUGUUGAUGUUAUUGAUGUUGAUGAUGAUGAGCCUCUUGUUAAGAAAGUGGCUAUCACUGUAGAGGAUGCUGAUAAUAAGCCAAAGACUUCAGAUUCUUACUUGUCUAAGACAAGAUUUGAUCAGUUCCCACUGUCUCCCUGGUCGCUAAAAGGUAUCCAGGAUGCUGGAUUUAAGACAAUGACUGUCGUGCAAGAGGCUACUCUUCCUAUCAUUCUCAAAGGUAAAGAUGUGUUAGCCAAGGCCAAAACAGGCACUGGGAAAACCGUUGCGUUUCUGCUUCCAUCAAUUGAAGCUGUUCUCAAAUGUCCACCGGUAAGCCGAGAUAAUAGGCAACCUCCAAUUAAUGUUCUUGUGGUAUGCCCUACUCGGGAACUUGCUUAUCAAGCUGGUGCUGAGGCAAGGAUUUUGCUCAAGUAUCAUAAAUCUAUUGGUGUUGAAGUUGUGAUUGGAGGCACUAAGCUUUCUUCUGAGCAAAAUCGUAUGCGAAUGAAUCCUUGCCAGAUGCUUGUGGCUACACCUGGAAGGCUCAUAGACCAUAUAAACAACACUAUUGGAUUUGCAACAAAGUUGAAAGGUGUGAAAGUACUUGUGCUUGAUGAAGCUGAUCAUCUCUUGGACAUGGGUUUCCGAAAGGAUAUUGUGAAGAUAAUCUCCGCUGUUCCUAAGCAGAGACAAUCUUUUCUAUUUUCUGCCACGGUAUCUGAAGGGGUCCGCCAAAUAUGUCAUGUUGCUUUGAAACAAGAUCAUGAGUUCGUCAACUGCGUUCAAGAGGGUAGUGGGGAGACUCAUCAAAAGGUCUCACAAAUGUACAUGAUUGCAUCACUGGAUAGACAUUUCUCGCUUAUAUAUGCACUCCUUAAAAAACACAUUGCAGAGAAUCUGGACUAUAAGGUAAUUAUUUUCUGUACAACUGCUAUGAUUACAAGAUUGGUGGCUGAUCUGCUUGGUCAACUAAGCCUGAACGUCAGAGAGAUCCAUUCUAGAAAACCGCAGAGUUACAGAACCAGAGUUUCUGAUGAGUUUCGCAAGAAAAAGAGUAUUAUCCUUGUAACAUCAGAUGUAUCUGCUCGUGGUGUAGAUUACCCUGAUGUGUCACUAGUCGUACAGAUGGGGUUGCCAUCAGACAGAGAACAAUACAUACAUAGACUUGGCAGAACCGGACGUAAAGGCAAAGAAGGGGAAGGUGUACUGUUGUUGGGACCUUGGGAAGAGUACUUCCUGUCAUCUGUUAAAGACUUGCCCAUCACCAAGUCUGCUUUGCCGCCGAUAGACCAUGAGGCUGUGAAUAAGGUACGGAAGGCGCUUAGCCAAGUGGAAAUGACGAACAAGGAGGCUGCUUAUCAGGCAUGGUUGGGUUACUACAAAUCUCAGAAGAGGAUUGCUAGAGACACGACCAGAUUGGUGGAGUUGGCAAAUGAAUUUAGCCGCAGUAUGGGACUCGACACACCUCCAGCUAUCCCUAUAAAUAUUCUUGGCAAGAUGGGUCUCAAAAACGUUCCUGGUCUUACAGUUGCUCCCGGUUUUGAAAAGAAAAAAUGGAAAAGAGAUUAUCGUUCCAAGUAG